GGCACACACGCACGCAAAGCCCACUCACUGAACACAGGCAGACACCCGCACCGCAUCCCCCUUUCUGCUUGCACUGCACAGUGUCUUCAUUCAGGAAGUGUAUGCUGCACGAAUGUCUCUGCCCCGGCCCCUCCCGCAUGUCCCUCCCUCCCUCCCCGUUGCUGGAAGCAUUUAUUGUCUGCCUUUGUCCAGCAUUUCUUCCUUGAGUUUUCGUGUGAGUUCUUGUCGUCUAAGCAUCUCUUCGAAGCCCAGCAGCUCCUCGUCCUUCUCAUCCUUCUUGUCGCUGUCUGCCGCCAUCUUGAGCAAACUCUCCUGCACCGACUGCAGCUUGGCAUCCACGCUCUUGUCUCCCGACUCAGGGCGCUGUGGGGUCUUGCGCUGCUGGUACAGCACCAGCUGCUUCUCGCGCUCCUCCUUCUUCUUCGCCAGCAACACAUCACGUUGUCUACAAAAAACAGCGCAGAGGUAAUAAGUACUGGGUGUCUGUCUCCUUUUCUUGUGGCUUCUCCCGCUCUCAACACCCACUUACCUUCUGAGGUGCUCCAUCCUCUGUGCGAGUUCCUCAGCUGUCGGCUCCUUCCUGUCGCCCGCGUCACGUCUCGCGUUGAGCCCCAGGGAGGCGAACAGGUCCUUCGGCGCACCCGACGGCUCGCUGCGGUCUACCCCCAAAUGCCCGUCGAUGUGACUGCAGUGCAGAAAGAGAAAACCUGUGCACAGAAAAAAGGACUCAGCUCGUCCACGUACCUCUGCAUAGCCUCAUGAGCUCGCUGACGUCGCUGGUAAGCCUCUUUAGAACAAAGGAUAAGGAGAGGAGAGAGAGACACGGAAAAUGAUAGACAUUGGUCGGUCGAUCGAUGCCUCUUUCCUUACCUCCUUGCAACAUGGCGAUUUCAUGUGGCGUCAGCUUCGGCAACACAAUCCCCUCCAUCCCAUGACCCCCAGCCCCCUUCAAAGGCGGCAGCGACGGCUCAGCAGCGCUCGACGACAACGGCUCAUCGGGCGCAGAUGAGGGCGUCAGCGGACGGGGGCUCUUCUUGCGCUUUUCUUUCUGCAAUCAACCAGAAUCAUAAAUAUAUAACGAUGUCGACAGACACGCAGGAGCCCAACCCACCCACUUUUGUCUUUGGUGGCUUGAGCUCAUUGUCCUCUCCCAGAGGCACGGGAGGGAAGGAGGCGUCGACAAAUGUGUCGGGCACCGCGGCUCGUGCAGAGACAGCAGCAGCAGCGGCAGCGGCAGCGGCAGCAGGAGGAGGAGAGGCAGGUGCAUCGCCGGCCUCCUCCUGCUGCUGUUGCUGUGCCGCUUUGCGCUCCUCUCUCAGUAUUCUCUCCUCCUGACAGACAAGAGAAAGUUGUAUGUUCGUUCCGCUAUGUAUCUUCAUGUCUCGCUAUGUGUGACCUCGUCUCUGAUGGAUUCCUCCAGUGCCCGCUGCAAUUCGUCAUCCUCAUCGUCGUCAUCAUCGUACUCACCAGAGUCGUCGUCUGGAAUAGCCAGCAAACACAGGCGGAAGAGAGGGAGGGUGGAGAUGGAGGAGCUCCCUUGUGUGUGUUGGUCAGCUUCUCACGGUGGUCCUUCUCGUACAGCUCGCGCGAAAGCCUCAGUGCCUCCUGCAGUUCUCUCUCCUCGUCCUCCUACACAACAUGGGUACGUACGUAUGUGUGUAUGUGUGUCUGGAUAUGUCCUCAACUAGCUGGCUUACAUAGUAGUGCCAUUCGUCCUCGACGGCCUCGCCCUUGACAUCCUCUCCUUUCCCCUUCCCAGGCUUCUCAGGGGCAUCGGAGGGCCCCGGAGUAUCGUAGCCCUCACCCAACGCAUACUCACGGCGCAACAUGCUACACGCAAGUCAGCAGCGAGAACGUGAUGCAUGUUCAGUGGAUGCGGGCUGUGUGUCUCCCUCACUCGAGUGCCUGGCACUCCAGCUCCAUGUUACGGCGAACCAUCAUGGCCUUGAAACCUGAAUGAGCCCAGACCAGACAACACGAGGCCCCGGCUCCUGUCUGUGUCUCAUCGCCUGUUGGCCGGCUUACACAGGAAGUCAUCAAUGGACAGCAGCUGCUCGACCAGCAGCUGAUGCAGCCUGUAGUGGCGAUAGUUGCGAAUCAGCUCGGGAUUGUCAUCGGGCGACGGAGGGGCCAGCGGUGCGGACCUCCGCUGUGUGAACUCGGCGUGGGCGGCCAUCAUCUUGGCGCACACCUUCUCAAACUGCUCGGCUGUGAUGCCAACCUCGCCUGCAAGAGACACACCCACACGUGGGGCUCACACACGCAUGUGUGUAUGCAGGCCACAAGAAGAGAUGACAGACAGUACCCAUGAGAUGGUUGGUCAGCAGCGUGUCCACCAGGUUCUGAAAGUCCUGUAGCAAGAAAAACGCAAUGACGUUCAUACAGCGUCCUUCCCCUGCUGUUUCCCUCUGACGCACCUGGUGGCACUGCGUGUAAGUGAAUUUGUUCUCCUCCUCAUUGUCAAAAAUGAUGCAUUGCUGAACACACGCAACAUCAGUCCAGCCAUCGACUGCAUACAGGCCCCAAGUGACCCUCCUGACCUCAUCGAUGAAGUUCUGCAGCGGGAUGAUCCACUCGGGGGACUUCAAAAACUCGACGAUGUAAUCAGCGACCCAGUCCAGCUCCUCCGCCUCUCCACCCUUCUCCUGGCCUCGUCUUGGAUGCCGGGGAGGCGCCGCGGAUGCCGGCACGAGGUGUCCGGGAGCAGGGUGUCUUGGACCGGUGCUCUGGGGUGGAGGAGGUGCUGACGGUGCAUUGUCUGAAGUUGGAGUGGCGGCACGGUUGCCGCCACGGCCUCGGAAGAAGUUGAAUCGCAUCUUCGCAUGCGAGACUGGCCUUCCC